AUGGAAUCGCGAGAUGCUGCAAACCUCGUCGCCCCGGAUGGUCCGAUAACACACCUCGCCGCCCGUGCGGUGAACGCGACCUCUUCUUCUCUCGGCCCGGCCGCCGCCUUUACCCAAGGCCUUAAUGGCGUCAAUCAACCCCUCAAUUACCUCUACGUCAACGUUCUCGUCAUCUCCUUCUGCGGCCUCCUGGCAAUCACGCUCCUGUACCGAUGGCUGCAAAUGGGCAACUCACACAUCCGCCACCUCUGCGCAAUGGGCAGGUGGGAGGAUCAGCGGUAUUGGAUGUUCAACAGAGGCACCUUCUGGCCGGCCAUGAAACAGCGCCUCAUCUACGCCCCGCUCUUCCACAAGCGACACAACCGGGAGAUUCAAUUGUCAAAGGCCAUCAACGUCGGCACCCUCCCGUCGCGAUACCAUACCAUCGUGAUCAUGCUCUACCUCUUCAGCAACAUUGCAUACAUCCUCGCUCUACCGUACACGGAAUCGUCAAAGGCUGCGUUAUGGGCAGCCAUCCGUGGACGAAGCGGUAUCCUCGCCGUGCUGAACCUCAUACCUACCGUCGUCUUCGCUCUCCGCAAUAACCCCCUCAUGUCCCUGCUGGGCGUCUCCUACGACACCUUCAAUCUCCUCCACCGAUGGUGCGCACGCGUGAUGGUCAUCGAAGCCACCAUUCACACCAUCGCAUGGGCCGUCAACUCAAUGGCGGCAGGUGGCCUGACAUACCUCAACUCCUCCCUCACCGACAGCGUGAGCUACACCUGGGGCAUGGUGGGCAUGGGCGCCUUCUUCUUCAUCUUCCUCACCGCGUGCAGCCCGAUCAGACACGCCUUCUACGAGACGUUCCUCAACGGCCACCGCAUCCUCGUCGCCAUCGGGAUUGUAGGGGUCUACAUCCACCUCGAUGCUGCUGGCCUGCCUCAAGUCCCAUACUGCCAGCUCGUCCUCGCCCUUUGGUUUGCCGAAUACGUCUUCCGCACCGGCCGCAUCCUCAUGUACAACUUUAGCAGACAAAAAGGCAUCACCAAAGUCACCGCCGAAGCCCUGCCCGCCGAAGCCUGCCGAGUCACUUUUGAAAUCUCGCGACCGUGGCAUUGGAAGCCGGGAUGCCAUGUUCACGCGUACCUUCCGAUGAUCGCGCUCUGGUCAAGUCACCCCUUCUCCGUUGCAUGGGCGGAGAACCGGUCGAGAGAUGCGUCGCUCGCGCCGCCGGCUUACGAAGCAGACGACACCAGCAUGGCGUUUACACGAGGCGCAGACGUGUCGACCGUCUCCCUGAUCAUCCGUGCGCGCACGGGCAUGACACGCAAGCUCUACGAGAAAGCAGCGGCAUCCCCAACGGGUAUCAUCACCACCUGGGGCGCCAUUGAGGGCCCGUACGGCGGACACGAGUCCUUCACCUCGUACGGCACAGUUAUUCUCUUCGCCGGGGGCGUAGGCAUCACGCACUGCGUCGGCUACGUCCACCACCUCCUCUCACAAUACCAAGCAGGCACGACCGUGUGCCGCAAAAUCCUGCUCGUCUGGUCCGUCCCGAACACCGAAGCCCUCGAAUGGGUGCGGACGUGGAUGGACAAGAUCCUGCGGAUGGAAGGGCGGCGCGACGUGCUGCGCAUCCAGCUCUUCGUCACCAAACCGCGGCAUCGCGGCGAGGUGGUGUCGAACACGGGCUCCGUGCAGAUGUUCCCGGGCCGCUGCAAUCCGCAGACGAUCCUGCAGAAGGAAAUGCAGGAUCGCAUUGGCGCGAUGGGCGUCACGGUUUGCGGACCGGGGGCGUUUGCGGAUUCGGUGCGGGCGGCGGUGCGCGACGUGACGACGGAAGGGUGUGUGGAUUUCAUCGAGGAGGCUUUCACUUACUAG